AUGGAUUCCCGUCCACCCACAAAGGCCGUCAAAAAGAUCGCACAUCCUAUAGGGAUUCGACAGGAACACAUCGCCGAAGAAGAAACUCUGCUGUAUCUGCGACCUAAAUAUGACCCCCACUCGCCGGAUGAAUAUACCCUGAAGAGAUACUGGGACGACUCCACCAUCUUCACAGUGACUGGUCGCAAAUAUGGUGAUACCAGAGCCCGCGAGUUCCGAGAUGCAUCAGGACUGCCAAUGUUCGAGUCGCGACCGACAGCAUUAGCCUGGAGACGACCAUUGCUCGUACGGUUACCAGGCAAACAAGAUGAAGAGCUGAUAGACUUCCGAAUGGGCUGGGAAGGCUACACGCUUAAAUUCCGCAACGCGGCAUCUGAAGCUGAGAAAGAUGUUACGAUACAGGUACAAGUAAUAGAGUCGAUGGCGUGCACGGCAUAUGCGGCUAUGGUGGAUGGCCAGAAGGUCGUUGAUGUGCGUGAAAGCCUGACGAUGAACAAGUCUCUCCCCACAGCAAGAGCAAGAGCUGCGAGUGAUCACUCGUUGAUGCCCCGACAAAUCUUGGAGGUACUCGUGGCUGAAAACUUUGACUUGUCACUGGCGGCUCUUAUUGCUGUACACAUGGCCGAUACGAAGUUUAGUUCUUUUCUACUUCCACGGAGGUAG